AUGGCAGCUGAACGUGAACACCUGCGCAUCUCUUCGCCUUUGUCCAGUUCGCCGGGACGGACACCUGUUUUCUCAAGACCAGCGUGGCCGUGGACGAGGUACAACCAGAGCAGACCCCCUUCGGUGCACUCGAACAGUGGUUCGCUGUCUGGGCAACGAGCAUCAGGUUCCUGGGACGCUAGCAGGCUUUCCAAUUCUGUUUCGUCGACUCCAACAGCGAUGUCGACGAACCAGCUGUACCGCCAUUCCGCGUCUUCGUCAAACCAGUGGAAUCGCAACUCUAAUACGAGAACAGGGGCAGAGUCCCACAGACAGUGGACGUUCACGGGCUUCGAAUGGACCAUUCGUGAUGUUACCAGACUGAAAGAAUGGGUAGAAACUCCCGAGACAGUCCAAGACGACUCAGAGCCGACUACUGCCCUUACUGAAGACAAUUUCGAAAUCCUGAGGGAGUCUCCAGUGUUGGGAGACGACAAAUUCAAACUCGAAGUUGCUAGGACUCACAUCGAGAGUGAUUCAAGCUCAACACAAGGUCAAGGUCGGGACAGCCCCCUCACAUUGUCGCUGUAUAUCACGGCUAUGGUGGAUUUUUUACAAGCCGAUUAUGAGAUACCCGCGUCGAUAAUGGUCGCCAUUAAAUGCCAGGAUGAUAGGUCAGGUGAACGCGGUUCGCGUCCUGACUGGGUUUGGCAGAUUUGGCACAACGACUGGAAUUUCCGUCAAGAGAGUGAAGUUUGGGAGUGUUCACUACCUCCGUUGUCUGCUCUGCUGGAGAACGAUAGGAUCAGAGAGACGGAUUCACUGGUCAUGUGUAUACAGCUUCACAGUCCUGUUGGACCGUUCUUCCCUCAGCACCCUUCAGCCUACUACGUGCCUCGCGACCUCUUGGAUGGUCUGGAGGCAUCCUUGGAUAAUGCCAACACCGGAGAUGUCCGAUUUAUCUGUCUAGAGAAAAUGGACCCCGAACUGAUAGCGUCGCCAGAGGCUUCCGACACUGCUUCCGGUCUGUCUCAAUCCGCGUCCAGCCACAUAUAUCAAACAACCGCUCGCAAACGCUGCAUCUAUGCGCACUCUGAUAUUCUUGUUCGACGCUCUGAGCACUUCGCCACCAUGCUGGGGUCUUCAUUCCUUGAGGCCCAAACGACCACACCAGGGGAACGGAAAAUAUACACCAUCGUCGUCGAAGAGGCUGACUUCGAGUCGAUUUAUUGGCUGUUGAAGUAUUGUUAUGCCAACUGGGUCUUGUUCAAGGAACGGGAUGACCCCAGAGCAGCUGUAGAAGGGAUCGCUGCUGGGUGGAAUUCAAAAUGGGUCAAUCUUCGCGGCGACGAAUGGGAUUGGAAGACGUUUAGCAAGGCCAUCGACAGCGAAGAUAGCAUAACGGGCGAUACUCGAAGUAUUGCCAGUGGUGGGAGCCUUAGGUCUAACGACGAAGGAAAUCCUAACCUACCAAAAUCUUUGCAACCAUCUGCAUCGGGCGGUAGCAAUUCGGCGAGCACCCGCAACAUCCCCACCAGUAAGGCUAGUACAAGCACCAACCCCUCCAAUAGGCAGUCAACCAGUACUUCCACCUCGACGCCCAGACGCACGGGGCCCACUACGACCUCCACACCCACCACCCACGGUCUAGGCAUUUCUUCAUCCAGCAUGCGUCCAAAGACAGUGCCAAUUCCCAUUUCUUCCCCGACUUCUACUUACCCCCCUGGUGCCCAUUAUCCUAUAUCUCCUCGUUCGCAACGCAACCACUCGAGUCCUGAUCCACAUCCACAUCCGACUCCGUCCCCAGCACCUGCUUCGGCCCUGUCAAUGUACCAGCUUGCCCACCGGUAUUCAAUGCCGGCCUUGGUUUCACUCUCUUUAGAACAUAUGAUGUCGACCAUUACUCCUCAAUCGAGCUUCGCGCUCCUGCUUGCGACUAGCAUCUGGGAAGACCUGCAUACGUUGGUUGAGGACUAUGUUGUCGAGAAAUGGGAUGAAGUCUCCGUUUCAGAGGAGUUCGAGAAAUGCUGCGCUGAAGUAGCUGGGGGAGAGUGGGGCUCAGAAGGCGGCAAGACCUUGAUGGCGCUGUUCCGCCGCCUGCGUUCCCCAGGCUCCAUUCCUUACAAUCGAGCAGGUUAA